AAACAUAAUCAGUGCUGCCACAUUUUUAAAUUAAGAUAAUCUAACAUUUUGCAUUAUUGCAACAAGCUAACAUACACAUAUAGGGUUUUUCUUUAUUUUGAUGGCAAACUAAACUUUUGAUAUUGCUCAACAUAACUCAUGUAAAUAACAAUGUCGGUCACACCGCGUCCUUUUUAAUUCUAUGCUUUUUCUUUGCUCAAAUAAAUUUAAAUUGUAUAAAUUGUAAUUGCGGCAGUGCUGCAUUUGAGAAUAGUUUCUUGGUGUGCACAACAUACGAUAAAGAAUUUAGAACGCUCCAUCUACCGUGUGAUAUCGAUUUGAGUGCACCGGUAGCCAACUACAAGCCAAAUCGUCUCCGUCGCUACCCCUCAGACCCAGUGAACGAUUUUUCUGGUGCAAUUAAAGUACAUUACUCACUGAUAAGGCAACGAGGAAAGCAAGCAUGGCGGAACGUGAGCGCAGCAUACAUGAAAUGCUUAAAGACACACCAUCGAUGAACGACAGCUGCGAUGCCGUGCACACUGGCACGGAAGGCGGCAGCCUGGGAAUGAUGGGGAUAAGCGGCAGCGCCAGCAGUCACAUUAUUGGAACAGGCAUCCCGUUAAGUACGUCCGCCAGUUUGCCAUUACGAAAUCAUUCAGCGCCCACCACACCCAUGUCACCUAUAAGUCCACAAGCGAGCAACGGUUUCCUAACAUCAGCAGACGGCAGCAGCAGCCUGAUACGGACGAGUGCUUCCAAGAUUGAUAGCAUCAAGAACUGGAGCAUAUCAACGUAUAAGUGCACGCGUCAGAUAAUGCUCGAGAAGCUGGGGAAAUCACAGCGUACCGUCGAUUCGGAACUGGAGGCGCAGAUCGAACAGCUGCGCGAGACCCAACGAAAAUAUUUGUCCAUUUUACGAUUGACGCGCGCCUUCAGCUCACAUUUCCAACACGUUGUGGUGUCACAGCAAUCACUGGCGGACGCCUUUGCCGAUCUGGCGCAAAAAAAUCCCGAACUGCAGAAGGAGUUCAUCUGCAAUUCGGAGACGCAACGAAACUUGACAAAAAAUGGCGAAUUACUCUUGAAUGCGUUAAACUUUUUCAUCUCAUCGGUCAAUACGCUAUGCAACAAAACCAUAGAUGAUACCCUCCUAACGAUACGACAAUACGAGACGGCUAGAAUCGAAUUCGAUGCCUAUCGAAUGGAUCUGGAGAACACAAAGCCAGAAAUAACCCAAGCGGCGGCUUCUCUGGAAGAGACCCAGCGCAGCUAUGCGCAUCACAAGGAUCAAUACGAAAAGCUGCGUGGUGAUGUAGCCAUCAAAAUGCAAUUUCUCGAUGAGAAUCGCAUCAAAGUGAUGCACAAGCAGCUCAUUCUGUUGCACAAUGCCAUUGCCGCGUACUUCUCAGGCAAUGCCAUGGCACUGGAGAGCACAUUGAAGCAGUUCAACAUUAAGCUAAAGUCUCCAAAUAACAUCACUGGUUCAUGGCUGGAACAGUAAUAUGGACCUGCACAUCAGCACAUUCAAGAAACAAAGUA